UUGCUGAACAUAGGUUCGAAAAUUGAAUUAACCAGAAAACAUUUCUUUAUUGAGGAAUCGAUAUACUUGUCUUGUAUCAAAUAACAUCGAUCUAGUUUCAAGUAAGACUUACGUCCUAGUCACGCAUCAGAUUGUCUUGAGAUUUGAUACUGUUUUCUACAGAUUGCAUCAAAGUAUGCUAGAUGCUUUUUCUUGACGAAGUUGAAAAAUCAUUGGAAAAAUCAUUUUCUUUUGAAGUUAGUUGAAUAUGUAGAAGUAUCUGUGGGUAAUUACUGCCAAAGAUUAAAAUGAUCAUGUCUAAUUCUGUCAGAUGAAAUAGAAUUUAAGAACUAAGAAGGGAUUAAUAGGAUAUUUAUUUGAAAUUUUGUUAUAUGUUUUACUUGAUGUACGUUGUUUGAUGACGUAAUGGCAAGAAAUCGUAGACAAUCGGAGUCGGUGACAUUUGCAGUUGGACGUGGAUGUUUCCUGUUUCUAGUUGGUGUUGUAUGUGUCGGAUUUUCUGUUACCAAGAUUAUAGUUGGUUCAGAGUAUGUUAGCAAAUGUCCUUCAAGGGAGAUGAUUCCUGUGUAUAUUAUUGUAAGCGGUUGUCUCCCUGUAUUACUGAGUGCACUACGACAACCGUAUGACGGUGGACAUGAAAUGGACAAAGAUAAAUGGUCAAUGAAAGUAACGUUGUUUACUGCGGUAAUUGGAGUAAUGGUCAACCUAGCAUGGCUUGUGGCAGGUACAUAUCUUGUUGUAACAGUUUGGAAAGGAAAUAUUUGUAGCCCCUCACCCCUUAUCACGCCUGAAACAAGCCCGAGUCCUAGCAACGUAACAUCAUUGGUUUCAAAUGGAACUUUAUCUAUUCAGAAUAAGAAUAUUUGGAAAAACUCUAACAACAGUCAGUAUCAUUUUGAAGUCGACGCGAAAGAAAGUGCAGUAGACAAAAACUUAAAUGAAACUGAAAAGAGAAUAAUGAAUGUCACCAAAAGUGCUGCUCAUACCGCGGAUCCUGAACCUUUGGCUCAAACAUUUAAAACAACUGUAGAUAUAGCUAAAACAACGACAGAUCCAUUUGUUGAAGCAGAAACUGUAAUAAAUGCAAAUGGUACGCUUGAUACAAAACCUAAAGAUAAUGAAGACAAUGUUAUCGUGAACGGUGUCUCGAAGCCUGAAAAUAAUUCUAAAACAAGUGAUAUGAGUAGGACAAUUGGUGCGGAAAAUAUACAUAAUACUUCUAAAUUUACUGAAAUGAGUUUUAUGAAAGGAAAGGAUAUAACUAAAGACAAAGAGAAUUCUGACAUUGCUAAAGCACCAAGUGUAGACAAACACUGUAUAACAUGUGACAUACAUAUCUUAAGAUUUUCUCUAGCUGUGAUUGUAAUAGAUUGGUUAUUUGUAAUAGGUGGAACUGCUUACUUCUGUAAUUUUGUAUAUCAUAGAUUCUCCUCUAUAACAAGUCAAAUUUUGUUAAUAAACGGUUGAUAUUUUCUGUCGGAACCAUCAAAGAAUUGAUGACGACAUAUAUAGGGAAGAGAUGUUUCUGCUUUUGAAUAAAUCGUGCGAACGAAGUAAUGUCAAGACAACGAAAUUAUAUGGUAAUGGCAAUUAUUAAAUGAACAAGUGUGAUUGUAAAUGCAAAAUAUCUGCAUAAUAUAAUGUACGUGUGUAAAUCUUAAGAUACCAUCCGAGCAUCAAAGAGUUGAUGAUAUAGUAUGUUAAAUUAGCAGAUGUCCCUGUUUUUGAAUAAGUUCCUCCGGAAACAACGAAUAAAGAUGAGAACGACAUUACUAUUUGAAAAAGUUUGAAAAAGUGUGAUUCAUUACAGAUCUAUGAUAUGUUUGCGUGUUUGUCUGUAAAUGCAACCGCUUUCAUUUCAUCAUUUCUUGCAGCAAGUGGUACAUUUGUAAAACAAUAAAAAAAAAGGACUGAAUGUGUCACCAAAUAUAGGCGUGUGUGGUAUGUAAAUGCUGCACAGUAUAAUGCUUUUGCACUGUUGAUCCAUAAUAAUCAUAUUUUAAACAUAUCAAGAGACUAAUUAUGUAUAAAAAAGACCAGCUAUACGCUUGAUUAGUCUAGUUUUAUUUUUGCAAUUAAACUUGAAUAAAGAAUCAAUUUACACUUUUUACCAGAACAAACGUUUUACAUAUUUGCUGUGCAAAACAUAUAUUAAGAAU